GAACUGGAGCCUGCAGUGCUGAGUCGGAAGAUAAGGAACGUAAUACGACAAGGCCGUGGAGAGGACUCUAGAGGAGGGCCAUCUGUCAGUAUGCGUAGUAAUCGAGGAUGAACGGGGGCGUGGCAAGAGUGCUGCAGUUGGGGCGCAUGGCCAAAGCCAAGGAGAAAAGUCCUGAAAGCAGGGAACAGGAAGUCCGGGAGGUGCGUGGUGAUGUGGAAAGAACCGGCUUACCAAACGAAAACUCAGACGGGGGUUGCAGAGCAGAGACAGAGAAAAGAACGGCCCUCGACGAGGCGGAGAAUUGUCGAAACGGAUCAAUGGAUCAGGAGAGGGAUAUGGGGGGGGAGAGGAAAAGAAGAGAGGAGGAGAGGAGGGAGGGAGGGAGGGAGAGGAGAGGAGAGAGCGCGAGGGCGUGGGAGUAGUGGGAGUAGUCGAGUGGCCGUGGUAGGUAAGGUGUGUGGUGCUCUGAAGAUUGGGGUGGAGGAGGGAGAGAGAGCGUGGUUCGUGGAUCACGGAUGGUGGGUUCGGCGGCGUGGAAGGGUGGAAGGGUGGUGGUGGUGGAGAUUCUGGAAUUUUAGAAUUUUGCGAGCGAGAUGAGGAUUAUUACAAUUUACCAUUUAUAAUUGAUCAUUUACAAAUUUAG